UUGCUAUUGAAUUUUUUCUCUUUUAUUUUGAGCCACAAAACAAAACCAAUUCAUUUUCCCCCAAUUCUUCUCUCCAUCUAGGUAAACAGAUUCAGUGUUCAAAUUACGCAAAUUCAAAACCUUCGAGACCCAAAAUGAAUGGCGGAGAUGAAGAAAAGGGUUUAAUCUGGAAGCUACCAAUAGUUAAAUCAAAGCAUUUAGGAAAAAUCGGACCUGGCUUUGGAAUCGGCGUUGGCUGUGGUUUUGGUAUCGGAAUUGGUCUUAUCGGAGGCACUGGUUUUGGUCCCGGACUUCCUGGAUUGCAGCUAGGUUUUGGAUUAGGUGCUGGUUGUGGAAUUGGUGUAGGUUUUGGUUAUGCAGUUGGUAGAGGUUAUGGUUAUGAUGAUAACCGGAGAUACUCGAAUGCCGGUACUCGGCCGGCGAGUUUUCCGAAUCAUGAUGAAGUAGGUCAAUUGAUUGAUGAAAUUGUUGCCAAUACUAAGAAAUUGAUCAAAACAACUACACAAGAGUUAGAUAAAUGGAGAAGAGCUUAACUGUGUGCUGUUAUGGGUAAGUUUCAGCUCCUUUGAAAAUGGAUGUGUUGUUUGCUCUAUUCAUAAAAUUAUGUUAGCUUCUUCUUGUAUGGAUUUAAGAAAUCUCGUAUUCAAUAAGUAAGCAAAAAAUAUUAUAUUAUAUUAAAGUUUGUAUAUAAUUUAGACGAAUAUUAUGGGUGAUGGACUACGGAAGUAGGGUAGGCAGAGUCGAAUCCAGUAUUUGAAGAUUUUGAGUGCAUAAGUAAAAACAUAGAGAUUCGAACCCGGUCCAGUGGGUGGUAUAUCUACUUUUUACCAAUGGUAAAAGACAAGGAUAUUUUUCACUGUUAA